AUGACCGGCACCACGAUGAUGACACUGCAACAGCCUUCACUCGCGCAGGUCAACAGUCUGCUCGGACAGCGCUUUGAAGAGACCCGUCGCGAGGUGGUCCGACUGCGCCGAACGAAUGAGUACCUCCGCGAGACGCUCUCCACCCACGAGCACCUGAUCCGCCUGCUGGAGGGCAUCAGGGAGUGUCUGGAGCGCCGCAAUGACGACCUCAUGGAGGUUUGCGUCUGCAAGAGCUUCCUCCGACCCGACAAUGCGCACAUUGCCAACGACGACCUCAAUGAGCUGUACACGCAGUACUACCAGGCGAAGAGCACCCACGGCUUGCCCGUCAACCUCUCCAGCAGCGACCGCAGCGGAGGCAGUCUGGAGAAGCUCUCCGUGGUGGCCAAUGGCAAGUCCCACUCGCUGUCGGGUGGCAGCAGGGCCAACUCUACCACCUCCACCUCCUCCUCCUCACCGAAAGAGUGUCCGCCAAAGCAGCUCCGGACCUCCCCAUCUCACGUGGACACGCUGACGCUGUCCAGCUCCUCGCCGACCUCCUCUUCGACGAGCACUUUGCAUCAGCCAGCGCACAGCCACAACAAUCACCACCACCAAACCUCGUUGCCUUCUCCCCCGUCCUCCUCCCUCUCUCCGGCAUUAUCUUCCUCUUCAGCACCCUCCAUCGGCAGUGCGUCUUCCUUCUCCAAGCUCUCGGCGCUGUCCUCCUCCGCAGCGGCGAUUCUCUCAAUAUCAGCUGCUUUUGCCGCUGCCACAGCAACACCAACUUCACCAGCCUCCUCAACGCUCUCGGCGGCAUCACAGGCAUCAACGACAACAAUCAAAGCACCGUCAACUGCCGCAGCUACCUCCUCUAGACCGACCCUUCUUGAAGCGACCAACAGCGCCAGCGACGACAGCGCCAAGUCCAAAUCGCUGUCCCCCUCUUCGCCCACAUCGAACGGAAAGUGUCCGCAGGUGAAGGCGAACGCCAUCGACGACGAAGACGACUCGGAUGACGAAGAGGAGGACGAGACAAUGAAGCCCAUCGACCUGGCGUCUUCUUCGGCGGACACCGAUGGUGAUCUCCAGAUUAGCUACAUCAAGAAGAAUAAUGCAGGUGCUGACGAUGACGACGACGACGACGACGAUGACGAAGACGAGGAGAUUGAGGUUGACGAUAUCGACGAUCACUUUGAUGAGAAGAAAAAGUCAUCCUCGUACUAUGACGAAUCAAACAACACCGACGACAACAGCAACGAUGCUAAAACUACUAGUAGCGAGUCACGCCUACCAAUUCUCAAGUCGAUGCUCUCUCCGAGUGAGCUGCAGACAGAAGAAAAAAUUG